AAAAAGCGGCCUUUUGUUCUUCUCUUCGGUGGAAUUGGCCAUGAUCAGGCCACUUCUCAUGCGUUUCAGGAUAUUCCACACCUUUAUUGUUGCAGCCACUCUGGUCGGCUGCUUCUUAACGUGGAAGUCCUUCUCUCCCCACCGACCACAAUGGCCAUCCUGGGAGGCCGGAGUAAAGGGCGUCCCGCAUGGCACCUCCUCUAGCAAAGCAGCAUACGAAGAAAUGAAAAGCAGCUUCCAUAGAGGAGCAAGUGUCGCAUUAGGGAAAGUGAUGGACGAGCUGAUGCCCGAGUCGUUCAUAAAGAAGAAAGUCGUUAUGGUUACCGGUAGUUCCGGCACAAACCGCAUGCUUGGGAUGCCGCACAUCAAAGAAAUGAUCUACGAAAACCGAAAGACAUACGCUGAGAAGCACGGUUUCGAAUUCAUGUGGGCAAACAUGACAAGCUACAACUUGAGCAAUGGGGCGCCGAUCUACUGGAACAAGAUCCCCAUUCUCAAAGAAGCCUUCGUACGCUACCCGGAUGCUGAAUGGGUAUGGUGGUUAGAUAUGGACAUCAUCAUUAUGAACAUGACCCUCAACAUCUACGACCACAUCCUAUCUGAAGAGGGAUUAGCACGCAAUAUCCUUCUCGGUCGCGAGAUGACUGGCCCUGGCGGUGGAAAGACUGGCUACAGCACCCCAACAACCUAUAAGCACGACGAUAUCAACUUUGUCAUAUCGUUGGACUCGUGGGGUAUGAACGUGGGCAACUUCCUGAUGCGCCGGGGUGAGUGGAGCGAGUGGUUACUGGAUAUGUGGAUUGAGCCGUUGUACAUCUCUCAGAACUGGGUGUUUCCGGAGAACGAUGCUUGGACACAUCUGUGGCAGUACCACGAUGUUGUUCGGGAUCAUGCAGCGGUCACGACUCAGCGCUCGAUGAACGCGUAUCCGGAUUCCAACGAACUUGGAGAGCACUGGCAGCCGGGUGACCACAUCGUUCACUUUGCGGGCUGUGGUGGGGAUGCGACAUGCGAACAAAGGUGGAAUAAAUAUUGGAAUAUGCGCGAGAAGAUUGAAGUGCCGAUGUCUGUGCAGAGGAAGUUGGAAGAUGGCACGGCUGAGAUUGAAAUCGUUCAAGCCGGCGUCGAUUUGCCGUGAACUAUAUUCUGCGUUAUACAGGUUCAUCUAGGCAAGUCUCUUCACAUGUGGCCGUCGACCUUCAGGUUCGGCAUACGAUCGUUCCUUGCCCGUACGAGACGCCGAUAAUAUUGCUGAUUUC